UGUGUGUGUGUGUGUGUGUGUGUGUGUGUGUGUGGGGAUGUGUACCCGAAAACCAAGUCACGGAUGAAAUCAGCCUUUUAAUAUAAAAUACAAUGAAAUAAAAUAUUUAAAACGGAUCCACGUUCUGUGUUGGACGUGGGGGGGAGACGCUGGGACCUGGGAGGGAGGAACCGCGUAGACGCACGUGAAUCUUUCACUUAUCCGAAGCCAGGACGCAGAUAGGAGCGGAGCGCGUUAGCAGCACGUGCGGCAAAUUGGACUUUCCACCAUCAGCAUCCCUACUGCCUCUCUCCUCUCUCCAUCCUUCCUCCUGUAUAGAUAGAUCUCUCACCCCUCCUAGCUCCCAUCGCUCCUUCUCGGAGUACUGACGAGGAUUUUUGUAUUCCGGGGCGACUCGAAGGAUGCCGGAGAUGGAUUAAAAAAGGAAAGGGACCGCGCAUCGCAAAACUGGAACAGCACGCGCGACCACGCCGCGGGGGAAGGGGGCGACGGGACUCUGUAAAUUCGCGGAGCCCCCGGGACAGAGGCUGUGACUGGCCCCAUCCCAAGAUGGCGUCUCCUAAAACUAAAGCCAAGAAGAAACCACCAAAAGACAGCAUGACACUGCUGCCAUGCUUUUAUUUUGUAGAGCUCCCCAUCGUCCUGUCCUCCUUGGUGUCCCUGUACUUCCUGGAGUUGACAGACGUCUUGUCCCCAGCAAUGGUGGGCUUCCGUUGCUAUGACCGCGACCUCUCCAUGCCCUACGUGGAGACGGGAGAUGAGCUCAUCCCUUUGCUGAUGUUGCUGAGUUUGGCGUUCGCCGGUCCAGCAGCUUCCAUUAUGCUGGGAGAGGCUCUGAUGUACUGCAUGCAGUCCAAACUGAAGACUUGUCCCAAGUCAGAGGGCAGCAUAAACGCUGGAGGAUGCAGCUUCAACUCUUUCCUGCGCAGGACUGUGCGAUUUGUUGGUGUUCAUGUGUUUGGUCUCCUGGCAACAGCCCUAGUGACAGAUGUCAUCCAGUUAGCGACCGGUUACCACGCCCCGUUCUUCCUCACCGUAUGCCAGCCCAAUUACACAGCCCCUGGGGUGUCAUGUGACAACAAUGCUUACAUCACGCAGAACAUCUGCAUGGGGAAAGAUCAAUAUGCCAUCAUGUCAGCCAGAAAAACAUUUCCAUCCCAACAUGCAACGCUGUCUGGAUUUGCUGCUGUGUACAUCUCGAUGUACUUCAACGCCAGCAUCAAUGGCACCACUAAGCUGUUGAAGCCCCUGCUGGUGUUUGCUUUCUGCAUGGCAGCAGGCCUCGCUGGUUUGACACAGAUAACGCAACACCGCAGUCACCCUAUUGAUGUCUACGUGGGAUAUCUCAUAGGAGCUGGCAUCGGAGUCUAUCUGGCUGUGUAUGCUGUAGGAAACUUCAAAGCAUCAGAGGAAGAUGCACCCUCUUUGCAGAGACUGUCUUCUGUCCAACAGAAGGACGGUCUAAGGGUGCUGAGCCAGCGCAGCCAUGAUUCCCUGUACAGAAAGACUCCCAGGGUGUCUGAAAGCAGGGAGGAGCUGGGGGCUGGACUGGGGUCCGGAGCCCGCAGUAAGGUGAGAAGGGAGAAGGCAUCCCUGGCCUCCCUAAAACGAGCAAGUGCUGAUGUAGAGCUCCUGGCAACCCGUGGGCCAAUGGGCAAGGAAACCAUGGUAACCUUCAGCAACACCUUGCCUCGAGUUGCAAAUGGAAAUAGCCCAAUCUCACCCUCUGAUGAGUCGAUCCCCACCCAGCGUCACAUGACCUUCCACGUGCCCUUUGACCCACAGAGGUCUCGACAACUGGUGUCGGAGUGGAAGCAGCGCUCACUGGAGCUCCGCAGCCAGAGCUCACGAGAAGAAGAUGAGGGCAUAGAUGAAAGAGACCCAGGAGGUGAAGGAGCAACAGCUGCAGUAGACGGCGAGAACAAGACCAUGCCUUCAUCUCUUUACCCCACAGUGCAAGCCAACAACAGCAUGACCACAUCGGCUGGGGGCAGGAUGGCUGUGGCACCUCCACUGGUUCACAUUCCUGAGGAGGCCACGAGGCCACCACCCGUUUCACCCAAGAGUGCCAAGACACGAGCCAAGUGGUUGUCACUCACUGAGGGGGGAAUGGUGAAGGAGCCCGGACAAGGACCCAUUGCGGUGUCAACUCCCCGCGUGCCAAACACUCAACCCAGCCAACCCCCCAGCCAGCAAAGAGUCACUCAGGUGAUUGCCAUGUCGAAGCAGCAGGGCCAUGGACCAGUCGCUUCAACCGCCAAGACAUCAGAAGGCGGCUCCUCCUCCGGCGCUGGCUCCAACUGCUCCGAGUCACCAUAUUACCGCAUCCCAUCUGAUCGAGACAGCUGCACUGGAAGCAAUCCUGGGAGCGUCGCGGGCAGCGGGAGCAUCGUCACAAUCGACGCUCACGCUCCUCACCACCCAGUGGUGCGCGUGUCAGCGACUAAUGGUAAGCCGUGGGAGUGGAGGAACACCAUCAGUGGAAACAUGAUGACCUGCGACCCUGCGGGUGACAAACAUCGCGCGGCGCUGCAGCGACAGGACAAUGUCAGCCACUACCGGGAUUACCGGACGCUCCCAGUGAAGACAGACUCUCUGUGCUCAUCCACAACCAGUGGGAGUGCUGACGGAGGAGCAGAGCUUCCUCCCCCACCCCUUCCCACUGCAUCCUCCCCUCUCCCUCCUCCACCUCAGCUGUCAUCAUCUCCUCUUCCACCUCCACCACCCCCUCAAUCAUCUUCCUCCCCCUUGCUUCCCCGUCCACACUCAAGCUCCUCCCCAACGCCGCCACCUCCUCCCCCUCAUUCCCCUUCUCCCCAUUUGCCUCCACCCCCUCACCCAUCUUCUCAGAUUUCUCCAUCUCUUCUUGCACCGACCUCCCAGAUGCCACCACCCCCUCACCCUUCCUCCUCCCAAAUGCCCCCUCCACCUCAUUCGUCUUCUUCCCCACUGCCACCUCCUCCUCAUCCUUCCUCCGUGCCUGUGCCUCCUCACCCGUCUUGCUCCAGCAUGCUCCCCCCUCCUCCCCACCCUGACCUGUUGAUAGAUGGCCAUGGCCAGACCAUGUCCCGCUCUUCCACGCUCCCUCGUCGGCCCUCCGUCUCUGCCCGCAGCCACGCUGAGCAGGAGCACUACUAUAAGGCCAUGCAGAAUGAGAGGAUGUUAUAGUAACCUGGAAAACAGACAGACAUCAUUUUAGGACGGGAGAAAAGAAAGAACUGAAGAAGACGGUUAAACAAAGUCAUGACAGGUGAAUAGAGAUGACUCUUUAAAAAGAUGACAAAAAGAUUUAGAGCCACCAGAGCGGCUUUGGGACUUUUGGGAGGUCUGGCAGCUUACAAACUCAGCAGGGAAUCUGAUUUUUCUCUUCUUCUUUUUUUUUCUUUGAUCACAUUUACUGCCACAGCGCCAGCUGCGACUGGAAAAAGAACUGGCAGGACAAGAAAGGACAGGAUGGCAAAAAAAGAAAGAUAUAUGGUUUGCCUCCAGUUUUUAGGAUCUUCCUUUUUAAGGUGCGUUCAACGAAAGAACUGAAGAAGCCGCAGCUGAAAGAGAGAUAUCACAAUGAACAGCCAGGAUUUGCUAAAUCGAGUUUCCAUUGUGAGGUGAAAUACGGCUGGGAUAAAAAUGUGCUCAUCCUAAACCAGAGCCUUCCCCAGAGAGCUUUUAUCUAGCUGAAACACUCGUGCAAAAAGUAGCUUUGAAUAAGGUAACUCUGUUAAGGUUGGUUUAUGCUUGACGCGUCCGCGAGGUCCGCACGGCUCCGCGCGGAAAAGUUGCGUCAUUUUAACAACCACGCCCCUCCACCGCGCCUCCGCACGGCCCAGAAUUUCCGCAACGCGCACCUCGGAAAAUUUCUAACCACGCGGACGGACGGACGCGGAAAAACAUGGCAGACCGGCAAGAACCAGUAUGGCAGAGGUUCGUAAAUACAGACAUUUGUAUGAUUCAGCUCUCAGAGAUCACCGUGAUCAACAUGUAGUUAAUAAUUCUUGGAGUGAAAUAGCUCGCACUGUCGGAAAAGACGAGGAUGCUGUUAAAAAUGCUGAAAUGCCAUGUUGUAAACAGUAAUUUCUACUUCUACUAUGGUGUAGUGUUGGGUGCAUGUCGUAGAGCUCCAUGCUGCCCCGUUCAGUUUGGGAGGAUAUUGGCUCACCGCAGAGACAAGCCGCACGAACCAGAAACGCUGCGAGUUGUGAAGCGCGUUCCAUCCGCGAGCCGCAUCACCCCGCGGAAAGUGAAUGCGUCAAGCAUAAACCAAGCUUAAAGGUCAACAACAGGUUUAGCAGCAUUACUCACACUGCAACAAGCAUGAGAAGUCCACACCACCAAGCGAACAAACCCAACGAGGAAUUUUCAUUAAAAUUCCAAGUGAGUGUGUCUGAAUCCAACAGAGGGAGUCGAAUUAAGAAAGCGUGAUUCUGGGUGUAGAAGGAGGACCGUGCACAGUUGGGUAACCCUGAACAGAUGUCACCAAGUAGAAUAAAUGUCAUAAAGAUAAAGAUGGUGGUGAGGUCACGCAGCACAAAGAGUCAUGGUUUGUUUUUGCUGCAAAUAAACCCUUCCACAAAACGGGGCUUUAAUCUGAAAUAUUUGUUGUGAAGUCGAGGCUAACACACCAAUCCUGUUAGCGGCAGGACUGUCAGUAACUGGGUACCAAGCCAAUAGCAAUUCUCGGCGUACGUUCCAGUGUGUUCACUAAGAAGGAGGGGAACGGAUGAAGCUAAAUGGUUUUAAAAACAAGUUUACAUCUUUUUUAGAACUUUUGAGUGUUUUUGUUGAAAAAGAAAUGAAGAAAAAAUAUCUUUUAACAUCCAUUUUUGGUCUACAUAAUUUUUCUAUCAUAUUUGUUCAGUCUAUUGCCAUUUUUAUUGUUUUGCAAAAUAUGCACACUUUUGAUUAUAAUUAUGGCCAUUAGCAUUUUAAUAUUUCAAGCCUGAUGCAACAUGAGCAUCACAUGAGAUGCUAGAGGCACACACUGCAUAUCUGAAAUAACAGAAAAGUUGGUGAGAUUGAAUUCAAGUGGGUCCUGUUCAGAGCCUUCAAUGCAGAUGUGGCCAUUAGGAGCUGUGGCCAGAAGGUCCUUGAUUGUAACUGGGGCAAGGUUGUCCCAGAAGAUCUCUGGAGGGACUCACGGGUACCAAAUGACCCCAAAGACUGCAGCUUCGGUGGAAGCAGAAGCCAUGGAGAAAGGCUGAGUUGGCCUCAAAGAGGUUGUGGCAAAGUGAAUGGAAGGCUUGUCCAAGGCUGUUUGGUUUAGGCAGGGAACCAAUGAUUUAGAUCAAGGACAUUGUCAGGUGUUGAUCCACUCAUAAUAAACUUUGAAUUUAAGGGGUUGUGUGUCCGUUUCCUUGGCAGAAGUUGCCACGGUAGUCAAAAAGUUCCUCACUUGUAGAGUGGCAGACUCAGGUGGUGGCCUUUUUAAAAAAUGUAAACUUGACACGUGGUUCUCACAAUUAAAAAGUAACCCAGGAAAGUCGACUCUGAGGUAAUACAAAGGCGGCUCUGACAGGUUAUUGAAUCUUCAAAUGAGAAGGGCAUGUUUGGCUGGGUUGUGGAACUGUGCAGAUCUUCAACAUUUGGAGUGUUGUUCAGAGGCUUGUGGGAGUUAGAAGUUCUGGGCAGCAUCUUUUUGAGGAUCUAUAGAAAGUUUACAACCAUGUUCACCAAGAGGGAGGGAGUCUGAGGUGCCAGGGUCCCUUUUGAUGACUAUCCAGUUCUUAUACAAUCACAGCAAUGUAAUGUCAGCACUAAAGUCUAGUUUAUACGUCUCUGUCACGUUUGCACACAAACACACACAAACACAAACACACACACACACACACACACAUGUAGUAAUGGAGAAGUUUUCCGUUAAUACUUCUCCACUGGUGUGUCAGUGUUGCCAGAAUGGCAGGGGGCAUAGACCUUUUCUGGUGGUUCCAUUGCAGUGACGUCUCUGGUCAAGACAUUUUUGUUUACUUCAAAUGUCUUGAAGGAUUUUUUAAAAGACAUUUUGAGAUUCUUGUGUUGAUUUUGGAAUUUGUCAUUGUUUUGUAAAGUAAUGAUUAUAAAAAAAAAAGACUUGUAAAUGCCAGUCUACUCAAGGUGCAAUGGCCGACAUAGAGCGAGUUUUCAUUAAGAUGGGACUGCUUGGUGUUGAGGCAAAAAACUUUUUGUUACAAAAAAAUUCAACUUAAAUGAAUCCACUGACGUCACAGCUGUUGUUGGGUCAACCAAUCACAGACGUGUGCCCUCCGUUGCAUUCAACAGAUGGUUAAAAAAGUGGACUCUAGUCUGUCCUUGCAUGCCUGUUGGAGAGCCCUUGCAUUGAGGGAUAAAGGCAUUGCGUGUCUCUGCACCUCCGCAGAUUGAAAAGUAUAAACUAGGCUGGAGUCAAGCUUGUUCCUGGGCUGGGUCAGAGUCCUCCAGUACUGUCCCUUGUCUUCAAUCACACCUGUGGUGGUCACGAACAGGAUCUCAGAGCCUAGUCAUAGAAAGGAGGCUGUCUGGUUUGGGAACCUCAGGGUCUCACCCCAGAUCCAUAAAUGGCGUUUUACUUUAGAAGGUCCACACUCGGGCUCAAAAAUAAGGUAGAUUUGCUUCUCCUCCUCAUCAAAAAGAGCUAACUGAGGUGGUGUGGGGUAUCUAAUUAGGUUGACCCCCCCUCUGGAGGUUUUAUUGGUGACUCCCGCUGGGAGAAGACCCCACUCCCCUCUGACUUCACUGGAGGGAUUGUGUAUCUUCUUUGGCCUGGGAACAUCUUGGAAUCCCCCAGGAAGAGGUGUGGAAUGCUAGCCUAGUGAACUAGACCAAAUUCUUGCUUUGCAAAGUUUGGUCUAGGCAUGCUCCAUUGGAACCACCGUAGCUCCUACCAGGACUCUGGCUGGCCAAUCACAACUCUCUAGAGGGGUUUCAAACACAUAAAGAGCUGUGAUUGGUCCAUGAUGGUGGGCCAAUCACAGUACUCUAUAAGCUUAGUGAACAAAUCACAGAGCUUUAUCCGCUUUGUGGGCCAAUCAGGGCACUCUAUAUGUCUGUUGGGUGGGAUGAUGCAACAGAGUGAAACAAGAGGAUGUCACAUUCAUUGUCCAGUAGCAUGCGGAGAUCAUUUGAAAGACAACGGUAGGACCCGCCCCACAACCGAGAGCCGUCAAUGGAGCGUGGCCAGACUAAAUAAUACAUUUAUUUAGUCUGGCUUGCCAGGCUAGUGGAAUGCCACUGGGAAAAGAGAUUUGUGGGUUAUCCUUACUGAUCUGCUUAACUUGACAACCGAAUGCCAACCAAAUGCUUUUACUUCAUUUUUCUAAUUAUUUAUAAGCUGAAAACAAAAGCUUAGAAAAAACUGUUGGUGUUAUGAGGAUGGUCUAAAACAAAUGAGUUAUUAAGGAAAGAAUUCCACAUUUAAUCUCAUGAACUUUUUGUCCAAACUUUUAAUUAAAAAUUGGGGUCAUGAUCAAAAACAAAAAAGCAAUCUAUAUUUAAAAAAUGGAAAAAAAUAUUACCUCAUUGAAAGAUUCAUCCAACUUGUCAUCAAGCUAAUUGUCCAUCAUUUGCAUAACAAUAAACAAACUCUAUCAUUAUUAUUUUUUUGAGUAGGAGUUGUUUAUGCAACCUGUUUGCUCCUCUGUCUCUUGAGCAUUUUGAAAUCCAUGUUGUAUAAAGUUGUUAUCUGAAAUCUUUCUUUUUUUCUGUUACAAAUUUAUUUUUUUCAGAAUCAAUUUGUGUUUAAUGAACCCUUAUUUAUUUAAAAUGCAACAGACUUAUCAUACAGGUGAAACUGGUGUCCAUCCGAGGGAGCUGGUUUUGUAAAGCCGUCCGAGGAAGAGACUGUGUUAAAUGGAACAAGUUGUAUUUCAUAGAGGCGAUCCUUGAAAGAGGAGCUGGUAGAUAAAGUUGCUUGUCAGUUUGUGCUGCAUGUGUGUACAAAUGUGUGUUUUUUUAACUUCUGUGUUUUAAGGGGAGUUUUUUGUCAUUUUUAAGUUUGUAAAUGUGUAAAAGUUAGAAAUAAUUUCUACUUGUAGCUUCCUAAAACACCAAAGCUCAAGCUAAAGGCUAGUCUGAAUGUAACCAAUAGCAAAGUGUUAACAUUUGGAUGAGCUGCUGUGAUAUUCUGGAUAUUGGAGCCGUUUCAGUUGGUACUGGAUAUAUAUGUGUGUGUGUGUGUGUGUGUGUGUGUGUGUGUGUGUGUGUGUGUGUGUGUGUGUGUGUGUGUGUGUGUGUGUGUGUGUGUGUAUAUAUAUAUGUGUGUGUGUGUGUGUGUGUGUGUGUGUGUGUGUGUGUGUGUGUGUGUGUGUGUGUGUGUGUGUGUGUGUGUGUGUGUGUGUGUGUGUGUGUGUAUGUGUGUUUAUAUAUACAUAUAUAUAUAUAUAUAUAUAUAUAUGUAUAUAUAUAUAUAUAUACAUAUAUAUAUGUAUAUGUAUAUUUAUAUACUUUAAUACCCUUUAAUUAUGCAUUACUUUGUUAUUUAUGCAGAAAUAAUAUACAUAAUAUGAACUCAAGUUAACAUUUUGCUUUUGCUAGUGAUAUUUACAUUUGUAAUUAAUAGUAGAACUGGAAAAGAGGCUAAACUUGUACGGUAAUUGACCAAAGAAGCAAUGAAGAUAGUUUUCCUGGUCUGGAAUUCACCACCACUGAAACUGUUUUAGCUGUUCAGGUUAAAGUUAUUCAGUGAUUAUGUUUUUAUGAAUUUUUUUUAAAUUAUUGCUCUUUAAAAUAAAUCCUAAUCAGACAAAAUUUAGUAUCAGGAGAUCAGAGCUGUAAACAAAUCCAAACCAGAAUCAGUGUGUUUUCAUCAGAAUUCUAUGUAAACGUUUAUUUAAGAACAUUUGCCUGGAAUUCUGUGGAAUUUAGAGGAUUGUUGCUGUUUUAAAAUUGUGGCAAAAAAAUACUUUGGAUUUUUUUGCACUCAGACUAGCUGCUAGCUUAUCAGUCCUGUCCUAUGUAAAUACUAGUUUGCUUAACUGAGCCUUUUCAGGAUGUAUUUAUGACUUUUACACUGAAACUAACUUUAAAAAGACAAAAAUAUCCCUUUAAGUCAACACUGUUACCUGACAGAUUUACUUUCUGGUGAAUAUGAAGUUUUGCCCAUUUUGACUUCCUUAACGUUGUUAAUUAUAUUGUUAUAAUUCCAUUGUCCUCUUUUAUGGACUAAUGUUUUUUAUCUGUGGUGUAUAACAUUAAUAAUCUUGUUAAUAAAAGAAGACAUUUUGAAUAA